AGGAUUGGUUAAAAAUACUGACAUGAAAGGUGCCUCCCUCCAGAUGGUGUGGCUUUUUAAGUUGCUUCCUUCAACUCCGUGAUUCUCUUUCUUUCCCUGUCUCACUGUGUAUUUCUUAGUUGAAGGGUUUAAGCGAGUAGCUGGGAAGCAGCAUGUCAGACCGCGCUACUUUCGAUACCAACCUUGUCACGGUGACCCGCUUCAUGCUAGAGGAGGGAAGAAAGGCGAAAGGCACCGGAGAAUUGAAUCAACUUCUCAGCGCUAUUUACACCGCUGUCAAAGCCAUCUCAUCGGCCGUCAGGAAGGCUGGUAUCGCGAACCUUUACGGGCUUUCUGGAAGCAGAGUCAACGUGACGGGGGAUGAGGUGAAGAAGCUCGAUGUACUUGCCAAUGAGAUGGUAGUCAACAUGUUAAAAUCCUCCUUCAGUACAUGUGUCCUUGUGUCUGAAGAAGAAAAUAAUGCCAUCAUUGUGGAUGCCAACCAACAGGGGAAAUAUAUUGUCUGCUUUGAUCCACUUGAUGGCUCUUCCAAUAUUGACUGUCUUGUUUCCAUAGGAACAAUUUUUGCCAUUUAUAAAAAGAAAUCUGAUGGCCAGCCAAGUGAAAAAGAUGCUUUGCAGUCAGGCCGUGACAUCGUAGCAGCUGGCUAUGCUUUGUAUGGCAGUGCCACCAUGCUGGUAUUAUCCUCAGGAAAUGGAGUGAACUGCUUCAUGCUGGAUCCAGCCAUCGGGGAAUUUGUAUUGGUGAACCAGAAUGUAACCAUGAAGAAGAAGGGGAAUAUUUACAGCAUUAAUGAAGGCUAUGCAAAGUAUUUUGAUUCUGCAGUCACAGAGUUUCUAAAGAAGAAGAAAUAUCCUGAGGAUGGCAGCUCUCCCUACGGUGCAAGAUAUAUUGGGUCUAUGGUUGCAGAUGUGCACAGGACUCUGAUGUAUGGAGGAAUCUUCCUGUACCCAGCGAAUUCAAAAAGUCCCAAAGGAAAGAGUUCACUUUCCUUAUGAUGUAGUGAGGAACUAGCGAGGGUCAGUCUUCUCCUUUUCUGGGCUCUGCUGUAUUAACUGAUCUAAGAUCUGGCAGUGAUGAGACACAGGGCGAGGGAGGAGACAAAUCAGCUGGAGAUUUUGGAUCACCACUCAACAGUGACCUCUAUUGGAAAUAAGUUUGUAUGCUCACUGUGUGAUCACCAAUGCCUUCUGUGUUCAUUGAUGGAAAAGUAGUUGCUCGGAUGGGAUUCCUGAUGACGCAAGGAGAAUAAACUGAGCAACCAUAUAUUAGAAGCUUUUACAUGUCAAACUAACCUUCUGAGUGUUCUCUUUAUAGCUUCGACUUUUGUAUGAAUGCAAUCCCAUGGCAUACAUUAUAGAACAAGCAGGAGGCAUGGCCACAACAGGUACGGAGGCAGUGCUGGAUAUUAAACCGGAAUCCAUUCACCAGCGGGCACCAAUUGUAAUGGGAUCCACAGAUGAUGUUCAAGAAUACCUUGACGU